AUUUCACGAUUUGAUCUACCCAAAUGAGGAUUUCCGAAAAAACCACACCUCCAAAUCUCUGUGUGAAACGAACACAAGUUCAGAAGCUUAUCAUAAGGAACAGAUCAUUCAGGCUAAAGUAUCACAAUGGUCAAUUUAUAUGUCGCUCGCACAAGGAAUACCGUUAUUAAUAUCAGCAGGGUUAUUUUCUUCACUAAGUGAUUCAAAAGGCAGAAAACCCUUCGUUCUUGUGAGCAAUAUCGGUAUAUUUCUGAAGGCUCUUUUAAUGUGUGUAGCGGUGAGAUUUCAGUGGAACAUCUACAUUUUUGUCAUAUUCAGUUUCAUUGAUGGCUGCUGUGGAAGCUGGGUUACUCAAAUAUCUCUUGCUAUGGCAAUGGUAUCGGAUUUGACAAAUGUCGGAAAAUCAAGAUCCUUUUUGAUUGCUAUGGUGGGAUUCAUGAUCAGUAUGGGUUACGCCUCUGGCUCAUUUGUUUCUGGUUUUAUUAUUCAUCAGCUAGGCUUCACCUGGGGUCUGGCAAUUUCCAGCAUGACAGGUCUCGUGCCAAUGAUUAUUCUAUAUUUUAUCGAGGAAACUCUACAUGAGAACAAAAGGAUACGAUUUGACUGCAAUAUACAGGCUUACUUUAAAAACUUAAUUCAGUUUUAUAUCAAGGAUGAUCCUUUAAAUAGAACCUCGACUAAAUGGAGAUAUGUCCUUUCCUUAUCUGCUUUCGUGUGUAUAGUUUUACCCAGACUUGGUUCGUUUAGCGUUGAAAUUUAUUAUAUCAUGGACACACCCUUCUGCUUUAAACCUGUGGUUAUAGGGAUGUUUCAGACAAGUAAAACUAUCGUCUCUGAUUCUGUCAUUUUACUUGGGAUAAAAGUAUUGCAAAACAAACUUAAUGAUGAAACUAUAGCUCUGAUAGGAUCUGUUUCUUCUGUUGUGUCGUUCAUUAUGAUCGGAGUCGCACCAUCUACAAGUUUUCUCAUCAUAGCGUCGGUGAUAGGGGCUUUUGGGUUGAGCCCUCUUCCUCUAAUCAGAUCAAUUAUGUCCAAGAUGACACCUCUUCACAAACAAGGUACAAUGUAUGCUGGGAUUGCUAUAGUUGAGAACAUCUGUGCUUGCGUUGGGUCUGUUAUGGGGUCCUCUAUUUAUUCUGUUACUGUGAACGUAGACAGAGGGAUCGUCUUCUUUGUCUUCUCUUCAUUUCUCUUCCUGGCCAGUGUUCUGUUGGUAUUUCUUAUUCUCAGUAGCAGACAGAGGAGAAAUGGCUAUGAAGUUAUUCAGGAUUCUGUGGAGGAAGAUAGUAUUUCAAAUAAAUACAUUAACGUGACUUAAGAUCUAAUACUGUGUCUGAGAACUAAAAAUAAUGAAGCUCUUCUACUUCUUAUUUUGUGAUUGUAUUUGUACACGGAUAGGCAUUCAAAGCUAUACAUGAAAGACGGGAAUAUUACUGUUCUUAACACGAACAAUUCAUGACAGAAGAGUCUCACACGGGGUCCGUGUUCUAUGCCCUGUUUAACAGAUUCGCAAUGUUUGUAGGGUUUCUUUUUUGACCGAUCACUGUUCGCUAUAUUUACCUUUUUCAUUUUCUUUAUAUAUUAAUUUAUUAUUUAAUUAUUAUGUUUUCUACAACGAUCAUUUACUGUCUUAUAUUGAAGAAAAAACCAUCUGUAUAUUAUUAGUGG